AUGGCCACGAUUCCUCUAAUUUUUGCAAUUUUACUCGCAAAUCAAGUUUCCUCACAAAUAAGCGAAGCCGCGUUGGAAUCAGUGAACAUAAAUGCGUUAUCGUCUGCUUCUACAGACCCCGUUUUUCUCCAUCAAAAUCAAGGAAACCGGGCGAUGUCGGAAACGACGGCGGCUUUUGCCGGAAACAAUCUCAUCGUUGAAGGCAGCACGCCGCUUGACUUUACAAACCUACCGAUAGAUAAUUAUCAAGUUAGUGAUUCAAGCAAAUCAGGAAGAAAAAUAAAUAAUGAAGAGGAGAACCAAGAUGAAAUAAUAAUUACUAAUGAAACUAAAAGUGAACCAAAUUUCAAACAAUCUGAAAGUAAUUCUCAACCGCUGCCUUUAGUGUGGGAUAAUUGUUUAGAAACAAGCUUUAGAGAUAGUCCUAGAAAUAUAAUUAAAAUACCGAGUGAUAUAGAAAACAAUAACAAUGACUUUCAAAUUGAGCAAAGUUAUGCAGAAACAGGAAAUAUCUGGAACAAACGAAAUGCAAAUAGUAGCAAUAAUACGCUCACAGUAAAGUCCUGGCUUGAUAAAUACAAUAAUUUGAAAGCUAGUUCAAUGGAAGAAAGAAAACAGCAAAAACCAGAAUCAAUAUUCAUCAAGAAAAUUACUAAACCUGAAUCUACUUCAUCUACUACAACAGAAAUGAUGUCUUCUUUUCAAGUAAUACCAAUAACUAAGGAAAUUUUCAAGAAACCUCUCGAUAAUUUAAACGUGACACAAAAUUCAGUUGUAACUGAAAGUAAUAUAGUUGUGAGUUACGCUGAGGAUUGGUUUGUGGCGAAAGACAGGAGUAAAAUUAGAUUUGGCGGUCUGCCUCAAAAGGAAUCGUACUUGAUCCCAGCACUUAAACUAGAAGAAGGAUUUCACCCCUUCACUUUUAUGUCUGAGUUUUUUGCUUUGAUAUACCCGUUUGAUUUUCCAGUAGGUCUUAUCAAGGAUAUUGUUUGGGGAAAAUUCACUUUCCCUUAUUCGUUUUUACAGUCAAUACGGGUAGAAUCCACAUUCCUGGGGUUCGUCAUAGCCUUCGCCAGCAUUGCUCUAGUGAUACCAUCGUACCUACUUAUCUUAGGACUGCUGUCCUUAUUCUCAAAGUCUAGAUGUGACGAUGACACGGAAACUGGAGCCUUAUUUCUUGAAGAAAACGACUCAGAUUGCAAUGACAGGGCACUGACGAUUGGAACACUUUUCAUAGUACUAUUAUGCAGCGCAUUAAUAUCAGGCAUGGCAGUUAGCAACGAACAAGCGCGACUAGCAGCGGACGAAAGUCGUAACAUAGUCAGCUGCGCCUGCGCAGACAUAGCGUCGUGGCUCGCAGCCGCCGCCCGGGAUCUCCACCACAGCCUGAUACCGCCCGUGGAUCUUGUUUUACAUGCUUUUGGAGAAGACCUGCAAAAUAUAGAGUCACUACUUGGAGAACCUAUUCAACAAGCUAUAGCAUCGGAAAGUGGAAUUGAUUUAGUUUUUGACUCACUCGUUGAUAUUAUACAAGAGAGUGAAGAGUUAUCGUUGAAAAUUUCUUUACUACGUGACGUCAGCAUACGAGCCGGGGCCAUGGCGGCCGCUGCUGGAGACAGGAUCAGGGACCUUGCGCGACAGCUGGAAAACCUGAAGAAAUAUUGUACAUCAAAGGACGCACCUCUAUGCGAUACCAUCAAUACGAACUCCCUGGCAUUACAAUUGAAAUUUGAAUUGAUACUACACGAACAACAGUUACUGGAACUACGGUCCUUAGGGGUGGAAAACUUGACGCAAGCCAUUUCUAUUGCGAAGAAAGAAUUCAAAACCCUGCCCUCCGUUUUAGCUUCACAGACGGUUCAAGCUAGAAGUGCUGUUUUAAAGGACAUAGAAAUCCGCAGGCAAUCAGUUCACAGUUCUUCGAAAAUACUUAACGAUAUAGUGCGGCAUUUAACUGCGGGGUUACAUGCCGUCGCUCACAGGUUCGAUGCCGGACUUGGUCGAUUUCAGAAAUAUGAGUUUUGGAGAUGGGUCGUUAUGCUAGCAUGCCUAGUAAUGUUUGGUUGCAUCAUGCUAUUAGUACUAUUCGGCAUGUUAUGUGGUUGUGGACGAGCUAAAGACCAUGGGAAAAGAACAUUACAAGUAUCCACCAUUUGGAUGUGUUUCGCGUCCCUUCUUUUAUGGACUUUAAUAUCAGCUAUUUUUCUAAUUACGGGUCACGCUGAGGUAUACAUUUGCCAUACACUGUGGGAUGUUCCUCAAUACGAAACACUGUCAGCUCUCCUGGACCGCCCGUCCCCUCUCCUGGAGAAUAAUCAGGGAAUAUUCGAUAUGAUUUUCAAGGAUCUAGACAAUGUCACUAUAGACGUAUCUAUAAGGGACGUUUUAAGGGACUGCGAACAAGAUCGGCCAGCAUACGUAGUGUUUCAACUAGAAAAAAUACUAGACGUAAACAAAGAAACGUCUUACUUCGAAUGGGAGGAACUCCAGAAAGACCUGGGAAGACUGGCUUCGACUAUAGACGUUAGUCUAUUGAAGACUAUAUCGGAUAACUUCAGUCGAUUGCUCAAUCAGAUGCUAGCAGUGUCCAAUGUCAAUUUAGCCAAAUACAGAAUGGAAUAUAAUGUUCCACUGGUUGGCAAGGAUCUCCCGUCAUUAGUGGAUCAACUUGAGAAUAUUGCUGCACAAAUAUCAGACCUCACGACGGCUGGAAGAUUGGAAACAUUGGCUACUCGAACCCAAAGACUGUACCUGACCAACAUCAAACCUCUAGAACAGCUGAGAAACGACGUUGUUUUCAAACUGACUGAGUUGGAACUACAACUGAUGCCAUUUAGAAGGAAACUUAACAUCUCGCUCAGUCACAUCCACACAGCUCAGUAUUACAUAGACAACCAAGGGGAUGUCAUAGCGCAAAAGAAAAUGUCACAGUACGUGACCCGUCUCCUGGCACACGCGUCGAGUUGGCGCAACCACGUGCUGGAGUCAGCUGGCAAUCACGCCGGGCGCUGUAGGCCUCUCUUCUCUGUGUACUCUGCGGCAAGAACCCUGCUGUGCUCCAAGUACAUUGCUUCUUUGCACGGCUGGUGGGUUUGUGGGUUUCUCCUGGGAGUGUUGUGGUGUACUGCCUUAACGCCUCUAUGUGUCAAACUAUGGAGGACUUACAAUAGAAAACAAAGGGCGCUUGAUUCCAUGACUUUAACCAACUUGGGAUCUGGGCAACAAGAAACUCCGACGACGGCGCUGUGUGACGGCAGUAACUGGAACACACCUGGCCCACCACCUCCAAGAAGCGACAGUUGGUGACCAACGAUGGUGAUGAUUUAAAGAUUAGCACAAACAAUGUUAAAUCAAAUCCGAAAGAAAUCUUAUCUGUGCUAAAAUAAUGGACAACUUUUUGUGACAUUCUUUAAAUAUUUGAAAAGAAA